AUGCCACAGAAGAGCUCAUCAAGGCCGAAUACAAGGCCGCGGGCGUUUGACGACUCGGACGACGACGACGCCGGACACCAUGCUUCUUCGAGUCGACGCGAAGAAAUCGUCUCGUUCGGUCGCGAAGGUGCCAAGGGGCGCAGAGCAUCGCCCGUGGCCGCUGCUCCCCGCAUCAUUCCGGUAGCAUCCAAUCUCGACUGGCGGCAAGAUCGUAAGCAACGUCUGGGCGUGGCGUCCAAUCUCCAAUCACUCGGUCCGCUCGUGUCCAUGCGUAGGGCAGACUCCACAGCUGUACCUGGCUCAGCUUCCAAAAUCUCUGCCAAUGGCGAUGCGGGAACGGAUGCCAUCAACACUGAAGCGCAAAAGGCUGGGCUGGAAGUGCGGAAAUCGAGACCUCGAUCAGAAGACGCGCCAACAGGUAGCUUGAACCAAGCCAGGGAUGACGUGGCCUCGACCCCGGCUGCUCCGGCUACCACGUCAGACGAGAAAGGGACAGAUCAGGAAGCGCUCAAGGCUCUACUUGCCGGCGAGGGCGUUGGCGGUAGCUACAACGGAGAGCCUUUGAUCAUUCAGCAGCAAGAGUCCGAAAGCGAGCUGCUUCAGCACGACGUUGACUCUAGGCCGGAAGCACCUACGCUCGAUGACUAUGCGGCCACCCCGGUCGACCAAUUCGGCAUGGCCCUCCUCCGCGGAAUGGGAUGGAAGGAAGGCAUGGGCACAGGAAAAGGCGGAAAGGGCCCGCAACAGGCGGCUGAGCCGAAGAAGCGAGCUGCGCUGCUUGGUCUUGGCGCGAAGGAGAGACCAUCCGCAUCGGCCGGAUCGCCGAUGUCUUCGUCCUCCUCCUCGCGAAACCAUCGGCCCAAAGACAGGCGUGAUUACAAAUACGUCCCCAUCACCAAACGCGAGAGCGAAUCAUCUUCCAACGGCAGAACGGAGUCACCCGCACAUCGUUCAAGAGAGGCAACUUCAUCUCGUGACUAUCCUCAGAGGGACGAAAAGGACCGAUACACCAGCCAGUCGCGCGGUUCAGAACGACAGCGCUCACGCAGUCCUGCGAGGACCAAGGAUCCCGACCGACAUCGACAUCGUGACAGUCGCAGAGAUGACCGGGACAGCCACAGUCGCUCGCAUACAUCGUCCAGACCAGAUUACGACCGCAAGUCUGAUCGCGAUCGCGAUCGUGACCGUGACCGUGACCGCAAUCGAGACCGAGAUAGAGAUGACAGGCGUCAUAGAGAGCAUCGUCGUUGA